CAUCUUCCUCCAUAUUCCUCUUUUGGUUUGAGUUAUCCCAGUUGUGACUUAGUAAGAGCGAGAGGAAGGAGUAUGAGGGUCGCUGCUCUUUCGACCUGCGCAAUUUCUCCUUUGGCUUUCAAACCCAAGGCACUGCUCAGACCUUGUAGAGAAUACCCAGCGUAUCAUGGUUACUUACUACAGUCUAAAUCAUAUAGGAGACGGUGUUCUAUAGGAUGCUCCAUAAAAUCAUCUUCUGCACAUUUUGGUCACUCGAACAAUCUUGCCUCCUACCUAAAUACUUUGGUGGACAGUCUAAGGGACACCUAUUCCGAGAAAAUCAAGGAGUUCCCAUGGAGGAAAGCGAGGUCCAUUGCCUCAGAGCAGUUCUUCAUUUUUGCGCAAAAGGCUCUGAAAUGGUCCGUUGUGUUGCUGUUUGGCAUUAGUUUUCUAUCUGAUAUAUUCAUAGCGGUCUCAAAGAAUAGAGAGCUCCUUAUUCCGCUUGGUCUUUUCAUUGGUGUGACUCUUGCGGAUUUUUUGAAGGAAUCGUUUCAAGAGUUAUUUCAAAACAGAGCAGAGGGUGAAGGAUUUCCCAGGAAUCUUUUAGGCGUAGGAUCAUUUUUUGUGUUUGUCAAGUUGCUAUCUUUGUGCUUCAAUGUGCAAGGGAGGAUAGCUUUAUCGCAUAUUGGAAAUGGUGGAUUGAUGCAAGUUUUGUGGUUGGCUCGAGAACUGCAGCGGAGGGAUGAUAUUGAGAUGAAGGAAGAGCAACCAAUGGAGCUCUGAGAAUGCAUUAAUAUUCAAAUGAAAUUUUUAUCAUAUGAUAGGAUAUUAUGCUUUUGUACCUAUGGAAACAUAAUCUUGUGGGCAUGAAGCUUAUGCUUUGUGUUCACUCAGUCGAGAGUGCCUUAUGACUUUUGUAUCUGCCCAUCUAUGUAUCUAUGCUUCCAAAACGAGAACAUCAAGUAUAUUGUUCGAUGUUUUAUAUGUUGAAAUGAGCUGAUGAAUCUGAGAAUGGAACAUCUUAUA